AUGGCGAACGCUUCCCUCAACUUCAUUACUUUCAACCAGGACCACAGCUGUCUUGCUGUCGGCACAUCUAAAGGUUUCCGCAUCUACCACACCGAUCCCUUUUCAAAAAUCUUCAGCAGCGAUGACGGGAAUAUUGCCAUUAUCGAGAUGCUGUUCUCGACCUCACUGGUUGCGCUGAUCCUUUCUCCACGACAUUUGAUCAUACAGAACACCAAGAGGUCUUCAGUCAUAUGCGAGCUUACCUUUCCCUCCGCCGUUCUUGCCGUACGCCUGAAUCGCAAACGUCUCGCAGUCGUGCUUGAGUCUGAAAUCUAUCUGUACGACAUUUCCAACAUGAGCCUACUCUAUACAAUUCCUACUUCGCCGAACCCAGGCGCCAUCUGUGCCUUGUCACCAUCCUCGGAAAAUUGCUACAUUGCAUAUCCGCUGCCAAAGCCCCGCGAGGAUAACGGAGACAAGAGACCGGCUCAUGCCCCACCCCUCUCGACCUACGUUGCUCCUACAUCAGGAGAGGUCCUAGUAUUCGAUACAAUUACCCUCAAAGCUGUUAACGUUAUCGAGGCCCAUCGAUCACCUCUCUGUAGCAUUUCGUUGAACAGCGAGGGCACACUGCUUGCCACUGCUAGUGAGACCGGCACCAUCAUCCGUGUGUUUUCUGUUCCCGGAGGACAGAAGCUGUACCAGUUCCGCCGGGGAACGUACCCAUCGACAAUCUACAGCAUGUCUUUCAAUCUCAGCUCGACGUUGCUCUGCGUUUCUUCGACGUCCGAUACUGUUCAUAUAUUUCGCCUCGGUGCUCCUCCCCCAGGAAACAACUCGGCUUCGGCUGCCGCAGAAACACCCGGGUCGCCAAGGCAGGAUCGAUGGUCUCGAUCCAGGAGUUACGACAGCAGUAAUGAAUCACCUGCAGGCAGCGCAGCAGGCUCCCCUAGAAGCGACCUAGUUGAGCCGGUCGGACCUAGCAAUGGGGGCGGUGGCAGCCAGCAGCAGAUAAAUCGGCGGCAAAGUGGCUCAUUCAGCAGCAUACUCCGACGCUCGUCACAGAUAAUGGGUCGUAGCGUGGCCGGUGUCGUUGGCUCUUACCUGCCUCAGACAGUGACGGAAAUGUGGGAGCCCCUUCGCGACUUUGCCUACAUUAAGAUCCCGAAGUCUUCGAAUUCGCCAACAGCAUCGACUCGAGGCGGCGGGCUCACAGGCGGGUCACAGCUUCCCAACGGCCCGCUGAGGAGCGUUGUAGCCAUGAGCAGUAGUAGCCCGCAGGUGAUGGUUGUGACCAGCGACGGAGGCUUUUACGUUUACAAUAUCGAUAUGGAGCACGGCGGUGAGGGCUACCUGGUCAAGCAGUUCUCGGUUCUUGACGGCGACGACAAAUUGGACUCGUCGGCCUACGGCACGUAG